UAGUUAGGUUUCACUGCGGGUAGCACUAAUGGUGAAAAAGAAAAAGAAAACUUUGUAAAUAUUAUUUUUAAUUUUAUUUUUAAUUUUCUUGUUUCUUGAUAGAGUAUCCAUCAAGAACUGGCGGCACUCAGUGAAGGAAGCAAAGUGCCAAUGGCUUUUUCAUUAGCAAAAUCCACUUUUUUGUCCAAUUCCACUUUAUAUUUUCCCAAGAAUUGCAUUCGAAGCUUUGGAUUUUUUCUCCCUUUCUCUACUUUUGUUGCUGUAGAUAGAUUUAAUGGUAACAAGAAGAGGCAAUCAGUAGUUGUUUCUGCUCUUGAGAUUGGUGGAGUCAACAUUUCUAAAGAUGAAAUAGUAAGGGAUGACCCCACAAACAAUAUUCCAGAUACAAUAUUUGCAAAACUUGGAAUGCAACUUCAUAGGAGGAACCAGCAUCCACUUGGUAUCCUUAAGAAUGCGAUCUAUGAUUAUUUUGACACAAACUAUCCGGACAAGAUUGACAAAUUUGAUGAUCUGUGCCCAAUAGUUUCUGUUAAACAGAACUUUGAUGAAGUCUUGGUACCUGCUGAUCACGUUAGCAGGAGUUACAAUGACACAUAUUAUGUGGAUUCUCAAACUGUCCUAAGGUGCCACACCAGUGCGCAUCAAGCUGAGCUACUGAGGAAUGGACACACCCAUUUUCUUGUUACUGGAGAUGUGUACCGUAGAGAUUCCAUUGACUCAACUCACUACCCUGUAUUCCACCAGAUGGAAGGGGUACGGGUCUUUGCUCCAAAUGAAUGGGAGGGCUCAGGUACUGAUGCAACAUCACAUGCUGCGGAAGAUCUGAAGAAAUGUCUUGAGGGUUUGGCACGACAUCUAUUUGGUGGGGUUGAAAUGCGCUGGGUUGACACUUAUUUCCCCUUCACUAAUCCAUCAUUUGAACUAGAGAUAUAUUUUCAGGAUCAAUGGAUGGAAGUUUUGGGUUGCGGAGUGACAGAACAAGAAAUAUUAAAAAGAAGCGGUAGAACUGACAAUGUUGCUUGGGCAUUUGGGCUUGGAUUGGAGCGCUUGGCUAUGGUUUUAUUUGAUAUUCCAGAUAUUCGACUUUUUUGGUCAACUGAUGAACGGUUCACUUCUCAAUUUUCUAGCGGCCGGCUCGGCCUGAAGUUUAAGCCAUUUUCCAAGUAUCCACCUUGUUAUAAAGACAUGAGUUUCUGGAUCAGUGAUUCAUUUACCGAGAACAAUCUCUGUGAAGUGGUUAGAGGAAUUGCUGGAGACCUUGCCGAGGAGGUGAAAUUGAUCGACAACUUCACCAAUAAGAAAGGAAUGACAAGUCAUUGCUACAGGAUAGCUUAUCGGUCCAUGGAGCGUUCACUUACAGACAAGGAAAUAAACGAUUUGCAGUGGAAAGUGAGAGAACAGGUGGAGAACAAGUUAAAGGUUGUUCUAAGAUGAGCUAUUUUCAGCAGUUUUUUUUUUUCUAAGUUGCUCGGACUCUUCGAAAAUAUCUUCCGGUUGUGUCGGAUCCUUCAAAAAUUCACUGUUUUUGGAGGAUUUGACGUGGGUACAACAACAUUUUUGGAGAGUCCGAGCAACUCGAGUUGUUUUGUCCUCAUUUUGUAGCUUACAACAUGUAUUUAUUUACAUGAGUUUUACAUUUACUAGAUUAUCAACAACUAUAUUCUUCACUAUCUUUGAUUUUAUCAGUUGAAAAUGCUUAUUUUCUAUUUGGAAUUUUGAGGUCAAUAUGUCAAGGCAAUACAAUAAGGGGUUGUUUGGUA